CAAAUUCUCCCCAAUCGUACGUCUCUUUUACUUUGUCUGAUCUCCUCCUUCAAGUUCAACUGUCAACCAAACUAUUGUCCGAGUAUCAAUUGGCCGGCGGCCGAAUCCCUCCUUCCUCUACAUACACAGCUUAUUCAUCACCGCCACUUCCCUGCCGAUUGGUUUCCCCCGGCAUCCAUAUUCAGACAAACACACACAACACAAAAGCAAAAAAAAAAAAAAAAAAAAAAAAAUCGCCGGCCAAACAUACAAAUCCGCAUUCCACCAAAUCCAGCCAUCCCGUAAUCAGAUAGUUCAUCACGACUCGAUCUCUAAUAAACUUGGAUCCACACUCAAUCCAUCGAGUUCCUUCUUCUACGAAAGCGUACUAUAGUAUAUAAAUACGCACGUUACUAAUGAAUGCUUCCUCAAGCACAACUUUUCAUCAACUACAUAUCAAAGAAGAAAAGAAAAAAAAAAAAAAAAGACCAACACAUUUUUUUCAUAUUCACCAUAUGAUGACGAGCUCGAUCAUCAUGAUUGAGGCGACGAUCAUCAUCGUCGUCGCCGCGCUGUUGCCGUCGUGCACCCGAGCUGCUUACGACGGCACGGUUCUGGAGUCCAAGUGCAGCGACGGGUGGGACUACACUGACGCCAGGAGGCAAGAGAUCGCUUCCGUGACGAACACGCUGAUAAGCGGAGCGAAACCUGGGCCUCCGUCGGCCUACCUAUGCAUCGUCCCGGACGUCAAUGAUUACAAGCCCGACGUUUGGGCCUGGGCCACCUGCGCCGAGUCGCUGGCCCAGCCCGAUUGCACGCAGUGCGUGCAGGCCGCGCGGGAUCUGCUGGUGAACAGCGAGUGCGUCCACAAGGCCGGGGCGCAUAUGUUCCUGCAGGACUGUAGCAUUGAGUACGACAACUACGCAGUCUGCCAUUCUUAUUGAGAGCUAUGGCCGAGGUAUACGAGGAGGUUACGACUGCAAUACUGCAUGAUGUUGUACGUGAAAUAUCAUGAGAAAAAAAAAAUAGAGUUAAUACCUUAGUUUGGCCCGAACUAUAGACAAACUUUUUACUUUGCCCCGUGGUAUCGGAAAUUGUUAUUCUGGCCUAAACUAUGUAGCAUACUUUCUUAUUUGGCCAGGAGGCAGGUUUGACCGUCAAAUUAGACGGUCAACUCGGUUGACCGUUAGUCAAAGUCCACCUCACUUGCCACGUCAGCUAUCAAGGAAAAAAAAUAUUACUUUUUUGA